UCUUAGGUUCGUCGCAUCGAACGAGCUGCCAGCAACGAUGUCGCCACAAUUUUAGUGCCGCAAGCCCAAUGGGCCGCAUUCCUGCACCGAGUCGACAUGGCGUGCCCCAAGGGCUGCCGACUACCUAAUCCGCCAAAGAAAAUUCUAGAAUAGUGUGAAUCGUGAUGAAGCCCAUAACUUUCGAGAACCUGAGGCGCCUCGUGGGCGCCGGCAGGAAGAAAAAGGACAAGGAGUCGUCCUUUAAAAGGAGCGAUUCCUUUAAGAGGAUUUCGAUAAGGAAGAGUUACCUGGACAGAGGUAAGAAAAAGCAUUUACCGAAGUUGGAGGUUGCAACUCAAACGGUUACUGAAGAAGAACUCUCGACAAUUCUGGAGGAUACGAAGAGAGAUUUUUCUAGUCAGGUGAAUAAAAUCGAUCUCAGCAUCUCAGAGGAAAUAAUAGGCGGUGUAAAUGUACCGCCGAAAAAGGAAAAGAAAAAUGACUCGAAAAGUGGCCCGGGACAAAGUGUAAUAGCCUACGGGCAAUGGUUAAAGGGCAUUCGGAAAGAUGAUGCUCCCAAAACCAAUAAAAUUAAGGGUUCGGAAAGGACAAUUAUUUACGUUCCUGCUUCCGAUGAAGUUCGGGCUCCGUCGCCUGUUAUUAUGCAGCUUUCCUCAUCGCCAGUUUUCAGGAAAAAAUCACUCGAACCAAAAAGAAGCCCUAAUCUGCAACGGAAAGAAAGCAAUGAUUCUGCAGUGGAGAUGUUUCCUUGGGGCGAUUCAGUAGACGUGAAAAAGUCUCCUUUAAUACGCCGGCGUUCAAGGCAAUCUCCUACGCCUUUAAUGCCCGAUUCUGGUGCGGAAGAAAUGUGUUCCUUAUCCAUUAGCCUAGGUAGAAUCUGGAUGGAUGCACCUCAAGGCAUUGCGCCGAGGAGUCUGGAGAUGCCGCGACCGUCAGGUUCUUCCGCUCCUGUGCAUCAUUCAUUAGAUAGUGCUUUAAAGGAUUUAAGAGACGACCCUAUUGUUAUAAAUAGGUUACAGAAAAGACCCAUACCGCCUGUAGCUAGAACGUUAUCGUCUACUAGCAAUAAUACUAAUUCGACUGGAUUGUUUUCCAGUAAGGAUUCAGGGUUUUCUUUCUCUUCUCCAAAAUUAAGUGAUUUCAAUUCAAAUUUUGCCCCGUCCACGUCUAAAGGCUUCUUUAGGAAGAAGAGACCAAAGCCCAAGUUAUCAGUAAGUCGGGAUGGUUACUUCAAGAGAACCAGUGGUGUUUUGAUGGAACCUAAACGUAACUCAGUGCGUAGACGUAGCAGCAGGAAGAAAAAUGGAAAUAAGGGAAAGAAAAAUAAAAAUGGUACUGCGAAAAGUGACUUGUAUCAAGUAGUGGUUAGUCGACCAGCACGCUCGAUGCGUUCUCUUAAAUUGGACCCAAUGAUCUUCGUGCCGCCGGAAAAGCGCAAAAACAGCAGCGGUGUGACGCGAAAUAAGUCUUUCAAAGUCGGUAUGCGCGAAAUUAGGAGCUUUAACCCGUUCGACAGUUCGAUGUAUUCGAGUGUAAACGAAAGUGCGGACGAGGGACUGUACGAAAGUCUCCCAGGCGACUUCGACUACCUAUCCGACGAGCAACCCUUGAGCGGCCGAGUGUCCAGGAUCAGUUUGCGCGACGACGACGAUUCCAACGGAUUCGCGUGCACUUCGCCGCUUUCCGAGGAGGAAUCGAUUGUCUCUGGAGUCGUUAGCGGAGACGACGACAGCAGCUCCAAGUGCGUCAGUCCGUAUGUACCUCCGGGGGUUUCCCCCAUCCCGCGGAGGAAGCCGGUCCGGCGGAAGAAGUCGGCGCUGUCUCACAAACGUAGCAUCACUUACGUCGUCAAGCCGACCAUUAUUAGAGCGCCCUCUACCCUUAAACGGCCCACAAAAAAAUUAGUGUUCCCAGAUGUUCUGAAGGAGGCCCUAGUAGUACCUGUCUAUAAAAAAGGCAAUACAGAUGAUCCUUCUAACUAUCGACCCAUUUCUCUUUUGCCCAUCAUGUCGAAGGUGGUGGAGAAGUGCAUGGCGGUGAGAAUGACGGAAUUCUUUGAGAGGCACAAUAUAUUUGUCAAAUGUCAACACGGUUUUAGAAAGGAACACAAUACUACCACUGGUCUUUUGGAUUUUGUUAGAAAUGUAUUUGAAACAUUUGAAGAUUUAAAAUAUCAAUCAGCAAUUUUUUGCGAUCUAAGUAAGGCAUUUGACUGUGUGUCACAUGCACUACUUCUACGAAAGCUCAAGUGUUAUAAAUUUGGUUAUAAAAGUUUGCAAAUAUUAGAAUCCUAUCUUACUAAAAGAUAUCAGGUUUGUAGAGUGAAUGGACUGUUAUCGGGUAGAGAAGAAAUUACUGUGGGGGUACCCCAGGGAUCCGUUUUGGGCCCUUUACUUUUCUUAAUUUUUAUAAAUGACCUGCCAUACAGUAAUGACAAAGUUACCUUUACUUUGUUUACUGAUGAUACAACUAUAUCUGUAUCAAACAAAAAUAUUGAGCUUUUGGAGAUAAGUGCGUGUGACGCACUGACAAAUGCCGAGGAAUGGUUUCUUUCAAACAACCUAGUCUUAAAUAAAGAUAUGACUAAUGAGAUCGUGUUUACUUUGAGAAAUAAUAAUAUUGCAACUCAAAAGGCGGUAAAGUUUUUGGGCGUAUUCAUAGACGAUAAACUAAAAUGGGAUAAACAUGUUGAGUUUCUCUCUAAAAAGUUGUCAACAAAUAUAUUCGUAAUAAGAAACUUGAAAGCAGUUGUGUCUCGGGAGGUUCUGUUGUCUUGUUACCAUGCACUUUUCCACUCAAUCAUGACAUAUUCUCUUAUAAUAUGGGGUCAUGCAACCAGUUCAGGUAUAAUCUUUGCAUUACAAAGGAAGGUGGUUAGAAUUGUAGCUGGACUUGGAUAUAGGGAUGAUUGUAGGGCUGCCUUCAGGGAUCUGGGAAUACUCACAUUCCCAUCAGCAUUUAUUCUGCAAAAUAUAUUAUAUGUCAAAAAACAUUUAUCAAAUUAUAAAACACAUACAACUGUUCACCAGCAUCAUACAAGAAACAAAGAUGAUUUAAUUGUGAGGUUUUCAAGACUGUCAAAAACUCAACAUGGGCCAGAGUACCAUGGAAUAAAAUUUUUCAAUAAACUUUCAAAUCAAAGAAAAAAUUUAAGCUUUGAUGAAUUAAGAUUGUUUCUUAUAGAACGUUUGAUUCGCAAAGCAUAUUACAGUACGGAUGAGUUUUUGAGUGAGAUUUGGGAUUAG